CGGGCUACAGCCUCUCUGCACCAAUGGGAAGCGGCCGGGGUCAAAGUUGAAGGGUUACAUCCAAUAUGGCGGCUAACAAACGAGUGCUGUAUGUUGGUGGCCUGGCCGAGGAGGUGGACGAGAAGGUUUUACAUGCAGCUUUUAUCCCGUUUGGAGACAUCACAGACAUCCAGAUACCAUUAGACUAUGAAACGGAAAAGCACAGAGGAUUUGCCUUCAUUGAGUUUGAAAUGGGAGAGGAUGCUGCGGCGGCUAUUGAUAACAUGAAUGAGUCUGAGCUUUUUGGACGAACUAUCCGGGUCAACACCGCCAAGCCCAUGAGAAUCAAAGAAGGUUCUUCUCGACCAGUGUGGUCGGACGAUGACUGGCUGAAAAAGUUCUCAGGGAAGACCGCAGAAGAGGCUGAUGGGGAGGCAGCGGCUGGAGAAGCCACUAACACUGCAACACAGGAGGAUGAGCCUCCGGCUAAAAAGGGCAGAGUUAAUCCUCAGGUCUACAUGGACAUUAAGAUUGGAAAUAAGCCAGCCGGCAAACUACGCUUCCUCCUUCGGGCAGACAUCGUUCCCAUGACCGCAGAGAACUUCCGCUGCCUGUGCACGCAUGAGAAGGGCUUUGGCUUCAAGGGAAGCAGCUUUCAUCGCAUCAUCCCUCAGUUUAUGUGCCAAGGAGGUGACUUCACCAACCACAAUGGCACCGGCGGCAAGUCCAUCUACGGCCGGAAGUUUGAUGAUGAAAACUUUGUCCUCAAACACACGGCGCCAGGGCAGCUCUCGAUGGCCAACUCCGGGGCAAACACUAAUGGCUCUCAGUUCUUCAUCACCAAUGACAAAACAGACUGGCUUGAUGGAAAACACGUGGUGUUUGGAGAUCUUGUGGAGGGGAUGGAUGUGCUCCGUGCAAUGGAGGCUGAGGGAAAUAAGGAUGGAAAGCCGAAGCAGAAAGUCAUCAUCUCCGACUGUGGAGAAUUGGUGUGAACAAAAAAGAAAUGUGUGCUUGUCUGUAUGUAUCAGUGGUAUGUCUGAGAGCACAAGUGUGUUCAUGGUCUUUUGUACUUUAGGCACACAUCAUCUGCCAUGUAAAUAUUUCAAUAAACAUUGUUUUUUUAUAAAGAA